AGCUCGCAGAAUAGAUUGCUAAUUAAAAAUGGCAAGGUCGUGAAUGAGGAUGGAGUAAUCGACAGCGAUGUCUAUAUCGAGGAUGGCAUCAUCAGGCAAAUGGGCCGCAAUCUCAUUAUUCCGGGUGGCACAAGAACCAUCGAUGCUCGUGGAAAAUACGUAAUGCCCGGUGGCAUAGAUCCGCACACCCAUUUCGAGUUCGAAUUUAUGGGUACCAAGUCGGUAGAUGACUUUUAUCAGGGCACGAAAGCCGCUGUCGCUGGCGGUACCACGAUGAUCAUCGAUUUCGUGGUACCGCGAAAAGACGAGAGCCUCGUGGAGGCUUACGAGAGAUACAGGCAGUCGGCGGAUCAAAAAGUAUGCUGCGAUUAUGCGCUGCACGUCGCCGUCACAUCUUGGAGUCCAAAAGUCAAAGAGGACAUGGCAACGUUGGCGAAGGACCACGGCGUCGGUAGCUUCAAAAUGUUUAUGGCGUACCGAGAUAUGUUCAUGCUCAGAGAUCCGGAGCUGAUCGAGACUUUCAAGGCGUGUAAAGAAAUCGGCGCCGUUGCUAUGGUGCAUGCGGAGAACGGUGAUCUUAUCGCGGAGAAUGCGAAGAAAUUACUGGCCGCAGGAGUAACCGGCCCGGAAGGCCACGAGAUGUCACGCCCCGAAGAGGUCGAAGCGGAGGCUGUGAACAGAGCGUGCGUUAUCGCGAAUCAGGUCAAUUGUCCGCUGUACGUAGUGCAUGUGAUGAGCCGUAGUGCCGCCGAGCAAGUGGAAGACGCGCGUAAACGCGGCGUUUGUGUCUUCGGUGAAACCUUGGCAGCUGCAAUCGGCACGGAUGGUACCAACUACUUACACAAAUGCUGGAGACAUGCCGCCGGUCACGUUAUAAGUCCACCACUCAGACCAGAUACGGACACGCCACGAGUACUCGUGAACAUGUUAGCUAAAGAUAAUCUUCAAGUUAUCGGUAGCGACAAUUGCACGUUCAGUACUGAGCAGAAGGCUCUGGGCAAAGAUGAUUUUACGAAGAUUCCCAAUGGCGUGAACGGUGUGGAGGACAGGAUGGCAGUGCUCUGGGAGAAGGGUGUACACGCUGGCAUAAUGGAUCCCAUGCGAUUCGUUGCGGUCACCAGCACGAACGCCGCCAAAAUCUUCAACCUGUAUCCCCGAAAAGGUGUUAUAGCCGUCGGCUCGGACGCUGACAUUGUCGUCUGGGAUCCCAACAGGAAACGCACCAUUUCCGCCGAGACCCAUGUCCAGGCCGUUGACUUCAACAUCUUCGAGGGUAUGGAAGUGACUGGCGUACCUGAAUACGUGAUUGUCAGUGGACGCGUAUGCGUGGACGAAUGUGAGCUCAAAGCUGUUCAUGGCUUCGGAAAAUACGUAAACACGGAUCCAUUCGGCGCUUAUGUGUACGACAUGAUAAAUGACAAGGAAAAGAGACCACGUGGAGUCGCACGAACCGAAGCGGAAGCGAAGAGACAUGCCGAGGAAGACGCCGCGAUUGCGAAGGCUAAGGAAGAAGCGAGAGUGGCUGCAGCCGCGGCUGCGGCACGAGCCAAUCAAAACGGUUCGAUUCACGAUAGUCCAAAGAUAAAAUUGCGACCUAAUACUUGUACUUUACCAGAAUCCGCCGUGGUGACACCAUCCACGAAGGGCCCAAGACUCGAAGGGCAGAGAAACCUACAAGAUUCUACUUUCUCUAUCAGCGAGGAUGUCGAAGAAGCACGCAGGGCAUGCAUUCGCGUAAAUAAUCCACCGGGCGGGCGCAGUGCGGGAGGCUUUUGGUAAUUUUUACAAAAAGAAAAAACAUCAAGCUUUAUGUAUAAGGAUCACUUAAUGCAAGAAUUGAAUGGGAUUUUACUUCUCUUUUCCUUUCUCCUUUGUCAUACUCCUUUCAUCCGUCAUAACACACGUACACACCCUUCUUCGUUUCAAAGAGUAUCAAUCCGCUUUCAGGUUUGCUAUUCAUUAAAUAUUACACGAAUGUAAAUCGUUUUCACAUUGUAUUCCUAUCGGUUAAGGUCUGUUCCAUCGAAGAAGGGGACGGAAGCCACUGGCCAAUAGGUUGUACAUACGUUCAUACAUAUAUUCAUAUUAAUCAUUCAACUUUCGCUUCAUUAUCGCUUCAUCGAUGCACUGUAUCGUUGGCGUGCUUCAAUUAUCUUGGUUUAUUUCCUGAUUUCUAAAUUAUUUAGAAAUUUUCUUUGAUUUUUUUGACAACGUUAUGUGUUAAUAGAUUUUCUUUAAAAGAUCACUUUCAUUAUUAUUACUUCAAGAUUUAUUUAUUGUUGUACAUAAAAGUGUACGUAUAAUUAUAUAAUUUGUGUUAUGUCAUAAAAUCACAAGAUAUGUAUUUAACAUCUGAGCGAAAAAUACUAUAUUGGACGAAACAUUUUUGAAACAAAGACUUUUAUAAUAUGUAAAAAAGUUGAUAAUAUUUUAUGACUAUAUACAUAUAUAUUGUAUUUUAUAAAAUUUAUUUCUGUGCGUUCGGCAAUUAUAUUCAUUACGAACGAACUCUAAAAAUCUCACUUAUUGUUAGAAAAAAAACCAUUUGUUAUAUAUUAUGAACUUCGGUAUAGGAGAUAAAAUAUUUGUUUUCUUAUUUCCUUUCUUAUUCUUAUUGUAUGAUGAUUUUUUUAAUUUAAAAGAAAACCUUGUAAUGAUGAUCAGGAUGAGAUUUCUUUAUCUUGUGAAUAAAAUCAGGUGUGAUAUUAGUCACAUUAUUAAUAAGACAGUUGCUUGUUUAUUAUCCAUGAUAAGGAGAAUUCGUAUUAGAAAACUGUUGUGGGGCUCAAAGAAACAUAGAAAGACAUAGUAUUUUAAGUUACAACACUUGCAUUGAGCCAUCGAUAAAAAGUUAUGUUUAUUUAUGACGUGAAAUGUGUUACAUAAAUAUAUUUAUAUAUACAUAUAUAUAUGGACUAGUUGCAUCUUGUGGUGUAAUUAUAUGUAUGCUUGUAUUUAAUAGAGAAAUCAUUAGAAUUUUAUUUCAAAUUUAAUUUUAACAGCAAUUAAUAUCUGUUGCGUGUAUACGAAAUAUUUCUAAGUCAAGAGUAAAGACUUUCCAUCAGUACAAUUAUUUUAUCGUUAAAAGCUAUAAGUUGAACGUGACAUUAUUUUGCAUACUGGAGUUAAGAAACAUAUAUGUUUAUUUUGAUCCAAUUUAUUUGUCUUAUUUAUUAUCGCAACAAUGCACAUAAAUGUUAAUAUUACUUUGCAUUACUUUUACGAAAUAAGAAAAUAUUUCAGUGUGUUCACACGUUUAAUUAGAUCGUUGAAUGUAUAUAUAAAAAAGUGCAGUUUUAGUUGAAGUUAAUUUAAAAAAAUACUGUUAUAAUUCUCUAUAUAACUCUAUACAACUACUGUAUCGCAGAAAUUUAUAUGUGUUUUAUUGGAGGUUUUCUAAAUGAGGUUGAACAAUGUUGCAUUCUAAAUCUGUUGCGAUCAAUUAAUAUUCGUCAUUCGUUAUCCAUUACAAUCAACAUAAGUAUAUACAAUCACUAUAAGUCGUAACAUAAGCGUGUAAGCCGAAAGAAUCUUGUCAUUCGUAUUAAUCACCUUUUUAUGAUCACGUUUUCGAUAAAUUUGUACUUGGUGUAAGAUUCUAGAGGUAAUACGCCAAAGGAAAGUAAUUUUAGGUCGAAUAAUGAUUUAUACUUUGAUAAAUAAUGAGAGUAUCAAUUAUCAGUGAAUCAAGAUUUUCCGUUUAGCAUGUAGAUUUAUGUAAAUCCUAUCGACAGAAGUUUAUGGCAUUGCUAAUACCGAUUCUCCGCAUUCUCUGCGUCCGCGCGAGCGCAUGAUAUAAAUUAUAAAAAACGACGCACAAACUUUUGUUCGCCCAUAUCAUCACUGUAAGAUUAUUACGAUAAGAGCAAAAUAGGAAAUCAUGUUAUAUAAAUGCAUUCUCUAAUUGUAAGAACUCUUUUCUUAAUUUAAGAGACACUCAUUCACAAAAUCAUACGUUCUCACAAUAAUACACAUGUCGUUAUUAAUCAUUUCACGUAACCCAAGUUAUUCGACAUUCCGAUUUGUUAGACUCUAGCUCCUUUUAUAUCUAAAAUAUUGAACACUACUUUUCUCUACCAAUUUAACUCUUUCUGAUGAUUUAAUCACAUAUUAUUAACACAUGAAGUAUAUAAUUGAAAAUACCGUAUCACUACUGAAUUUUCUUUAAUAUAAUAAUGAUAAGGAAUGACAAGAAUAAUAAAUCGUAAUCACUUAAUCGUCAUCAUUACGUAACAAGUGUUAAUUGUGUAAUCAUUCAUGUGUAAAAGAACAGUUAAGUCUUACGACUAAGAGCUUACGCAAGUCAAAAUAUGAAAGACCAAAGCAACGUUAGAAAUCAAAAAUUUUCUAAUAGAUUUUCUAUCGAAAUUCUGCCGACAUUUCUAUGCAUCUCUGUACUAAUGAUAAUCCAGUACGUUUAUUUGAAAUAGUAACAAGUUAUAUUCAUAUAACUUAUGUAAUAACUUUUCUAAAAGUUGCAUCGACACAAAGUACUUUUGAGCAAAGUUUUUUAUUUCUCAGUAAAUUCAAAGUUGUUUUGAGAGAGACUGAAUACCUUGAAAGAGAUUUACACAUUUAAAAAAAAAGUUAUUUAAUAACAGUUUUAUUUUAAGUAUUAGCACAGUGAAGGUAGCGAAUUAUAAGACAAAUUAUUGAUUCAUAAAGUAUCUUACAUAGCACAGAAAUAUUUUAACGCAUUGUUAUCAAUUAAACUUCACAGAGAGUUAUUAUUAUACACUUUGCACGUAACGCUGUUGAUAUUUUAUGCCAGUGUCGAAGAUUUUUAUGUUAUCGCUGUUGGAUAUCUACAGUGACAUUUAUUUAUUUAAAUGGCAUAUAUAAAAGUGCUUUUAAGGACAAAUAGCAUAUUACAAUUAUAAAUGUGUUCACGUUAUGUGACCUCGUGUCGAGUACUCGGAAAGAAUGUAUAGUUUAUCGGCAUAAAUGACACAUCUAGAGUAUCCUAUUUAUGUCUGUUAUGAUGUAUGUGAUCGCUUUAAAUAAAUAUAACACACGUAACA